CAAGGCGGAGCUGGCAACGCAUCAGGCGGCCUUCCAGCGCUCCCCGUAUGCGAUCGUCUUGAGCGAGGAGACAUGGCGCCGGGCGAGCCUCGACUUCUUCAAGCUGGUUGGGCUGGGGCUUCGGGAUUGCUGCUCGUUGUGUGGGCCCCAUCCAAAGGUCCUCAUCUGCGACGGCAUUGUUGGCCUUGCCAGCGCGGACGGCGCGCAGAAGCCUGGAGGGCUCGGGAGCUCCUUGCUUGAUGCGCGACGGACGUUUGUCCAUCCCAGUCGGCACGCGUCCGGAGCGCUUCUUGAGAAGCGAUCAAUUUCGGGGCGCGACUAUUGUGGAGCCGGCCUCGAGGGGGGAGGUUUGAAGCGCAAGCUUCUGUUGCAGCCGGAGAUACGAGAGGCGAUUGCGCGCCUCUCGCAGCACCGCCCCAAAGACGAGAAGGUCGGGGAACGGCUGUCAAGGGCGGAGUUCGAGGCGCUGUUGGCCGGGCUGGCUCACGAGGACCCCCAGAUUGUGAAGCGCUUUGGGCCGGGCGAGGCGGAGGGGCCACUUGCGGAAGAUGGCAGGAGGCGCCUCCUUGUCGAGCAGCGGACGAUGGUGCUGGAUCGCAAUCGGGCCGUGUUCGAGUUGCUGACCGGGAUCCAAGCCGAGUUCGAGAGGCGAGGGUUGAGCGCAAACCUUUGGGAGCACUGGGUCGGCGAAUGGACAGAUCUCCUCUAUUCCCUCGGCGCGCACGAUUCGGACGAGGACCUAGUUGGCAGUAAGGCGUUGCACGUGGUCCGGAGGCUGCUGCUAGGCGGCGAGGCAACCCUUGAGGACCGGCGGGACUUGGCAAGGGACGCGCCCAUCUUGCGGCGCAUCCUGGACGCGUACGGCGGCCUCGCGUUUCCCGCCUUCUUCACGCGCACCCUGUACCAUCUCUACUUGCUUGCUCUCCUGGCUCGGGGUGCGACAGGUUUUGAAGUCGAGGGGCGGCGGGGCUGGGUUCAUGAGGCAAUCGACCCGUUCGACCAAGCGGUCGACCUUCUUGCGGAGGCCCGGGGGCGUCCCCUGAGCAUCGAGGAACGACGGCAGCUCGACGAGGCACGAGGUCUGGCAAACGAGCUGCUUCCCGGGGUUGAGAGGUUGGAGCCAAGCCCCGAGCAGUGGGAACGGAUGAUCGCAGCCGAGCGGUUGCUUCUCAGGGAGCGGUUGGGAAGGGACGAGAGUGGGGCGGAGCGCCCUCCGCUGCCAACGGGGCACAGCUUCCGAGCGGAGCAGGACGCGCUGGCGUGCUAUACCCUUCCAGGGUGGGAGCAAAAGCGCGGCUUGCCGUGGUACAGCUCGUUUGAGCAUCCGGACGGCCGUAGCCGAACCUCAGAAGAGUUCAAGUGCGCAACAGGGAAGACGGUGACCGAAUGGGACGCCGAACACGUUCCCGGACUUGUCAAGGGCGCCGGAAAGCUCUCGGGAAAGAAGAGGAGUGCGAGCAAGCGGCCUAAGAGGACUCGAGGAGCGUUCGUUUUCUGUUGUCCCCAUCGGGUCAUUUACGGCUAUCACAUAAUGCUUCGCGGCGAGUCUCCUCGGGACGCAUUCGCCGUGCUCUUUACGCGGCUGAGACGAGAGGACCUGCCUGACGUGCUGGUGCACGACAAUGCCUGUGCGCUGCGCAACUACUGCAUGCGCAGGGCACCGGCGCACUUUGCCAACGUUCGGUUUGUCGUCGACAGGUUUCAUUUCUCAAAGGCCGGGCAGGAGGUACACAAGUGCGGCCCCUCAAAUUGCCCAGACAGUUAUCCGUCGCUCCACUGGAUAAACACUAGUGCGGUGGAGUCGGUGAACUCCUUUCUGAAGGGGUUCAGGAGUCUGGGGUGGUACUCGGGGCUCGAGAGCUUCAUGGUGAUCCUGCCCCUCCUCCUGAGAGGCUACAAUAGCUCUUUGAAGCGCGUCGACGACGCCAAACUUAGCAUCGCCCUUGCAGCGGUUGUGUGGACGGUGGGGGUGCGCGCUCGAUUGUUGCACGGAUGA